GUUGUUUUAGAAAGGGAUAGCUCCAUAAGGAGAGGAGCAAUUGGGUCGUGCAUGAAUAUCGGCUAGAAGGGAAAAUCUCAUAUCAUUAUCUCUCGAGACCAUCCAAGGUAAGAGAUCACCUUCUUCUUAUCUCUAGAUCAUCCAAAGUCUCAUAUCAUUAUCUCUAGUUCUUGUCAACAUAAGAGCAGCACUAGGAAUUCACGUGAGUCUCUUCCACUCUUUCUCCCACCUAAUUUCCUCUUUUCCACUCUGUCAUGGUGAUUAACUUAUAAGAUUUGCUAGUACCACACAUGUUCAAGGCAGCCCCUCAACACCAAAUAUCCAAGCUGUCCAUUAAGUGCACCCUAUGUGGUUCUCCUAGCUCAAAAGCCAAUCCAGUCCAUUCAUUGGGUGGACCAGGUCCAAGAAACAAAUGAAUGUCUAAGAAAAUCUUGGAGGUUCUUUAAGCUUCCAUUUGUUUCAAACAUUGUGUCCCAUGAGUUACCAGCCUGAUUAUUGGGCCAGAGCAUAUAAAUGUAGGAACCCCAGCUGAUGGACCAUGGAUCAUGAGCAUGUAACACAUUAGCCCUUGUCCUAGCAUGUACAAAGCCCAGUUUUGGGAUCUUUAUGAAUUAUGAGAAUGACAAGCAUACUUCCUUGAAUCUCUAUUCAAAUGACCCAUUUUACAUUAACAACAAACAAGCCUUAGCUGACAUGAUGGAGAAGGAGAAGACCGACGCCGAGUGGGGCAAUUGGCUUGGAUAUAUAAUCCUGCCAUUCUCCAUUCAAAUGCGAGAUGAUCUUCUGGGUUAUAUUCACAAAGCAAAAGAAAUUGUGGAUUAUUCGUAUGAAUUCUUUCUCCUCCACUUGAGAAAUUCAAAGGUUGAUUGUGCAUUUUCUUUCAUGUAUAACAAGCAAUGGCAUCAGUAUCUCAGUGUCCUCUCAAACAUGACAAUGUCCUUUUCCAACAUCAUUGGACCCUUAGAAGAAAUUAGUUUCUAUGGCCAUCCAAUUGUCUACCUUGCACCCAGUGUUUACGGGCACCUGCAUGUAAGUAUCUCUCUUUAAGAAUAACUGGUAGAAAAUGGAUGUCAUUACUGUUUGGUCAUUUGCUUGGACGGCUGAGGUAAGCUUAGAUGUUCA